AUUGUGGCCAGCAUGUUGCGUCUACCUUUCCUUUGGCUGCUUGUUGCUGUGGCAGCACUCGUGUGCUUCAGCUUGCAACCUGCAGCAGCCACGCACGACGAAGAGCUGGAGGAUAAGCCAAAUGUGAAUUAUGAUGCACUGUACAAGGCGUAUAUUGCCCUGGGCGAUGCGCUCUUUGGCAACUGGACGCCUGUCCAUUAUGCCGAGGAGCUGGAGCGUCUCGCAGCUGAUAAGGAAUAGUUCAGUGACAACAACAUCGAUUACAGAACUUGAUACAUCUUGAGCUCCGGUGCUUGACUUGCGAAAUAAAUCCUAUUAUUAAGUUGCA